GCAGUUUCUUCCGGGUUUCAGCAGACUCUUCCGGGGUUGCGACUCCAGGUCGCAGAGGUCUUUCAGGGUAAAGAUGGCAGCCUCCAUAGCGAGGGGUGCUCCGGCGCUGCGUACAGUUGUUAACCGGCCGGUUGCUUUCGUCAGGAAAAUUCCCUGGACUGCAGCAUCCAAUGAACUGAGGGAAUAUUUUGCUCAGUUUGGCCAUAUACGAAAGUGCACUGUUCCUUUUGACAGAAGGACUGGCUUUCAUAGAGGUUUGGGUUGGGUUCAGUUUUCUUCAGAAGAGGAGCUGCAGAAUGCAAUACAAUAUGAAAAUCAUAUAAUUGAUGGAGUAAAGGUCCAUGUUCAAGUUCAAAGACCAAAACUUUGGCAAGGGGAUCAAACAUCUGAUGAAGAGAAAGAUUUCUGAGAUGAUUACUAAUCAUUAAAUAAACACAAAACAGAA